AUGGAUGAUUGGUUCACUCAACACAGCACGCCUGCUCUCUUGAAUGCCCUCAAAGAGGUCUGUGGCCAGCUUGAAGAACAUUAUCGAGAGGCCGCACAGGCAGAAGCUCACAGCCGAGAGUUGCUCGAAGCCGAGCUGGAUGUUCUCAGGCUCAAGGCGGCAAAUGUGGAUCGACUACAAGAACAAAACAAAGCUCUAAAGGACGAGGUCGCCCAACUCAGAAGAUCCAAUCGGUCGCUGCAGAAUGCGCAACAGAAACAAGGAAGUCCGAGCAAGAGUCGACCGCCCUCGAGUCGAGACACAAGGUCACCUUUGACGCCGGUGCCUGUCAACGAGGUUUCAAGUCUUCGAAGGUCGGUUAAGCAAGACCAUCCUGAUGUCGAGACCCUCGCCCGCCCUGAGCUCCUCAUUGAGUACAAAAAGUUGGACGAAAAGUACGAAAAGCUGCGGGAGACUCAGUCAUUUGCUGUCAAGUCCAACAAUCAGCUCCAGGAACUUCUUCGAAAUAGGAAGAAAGAGUGUGACAAGUGGGUGGAACAUGCGGAGACACUGGGUAGCCAAAUCCAAAGUUUGAGGCAGAAAAACAAGAAACUAAAGGAGAUCUCUGAAAGAUCUACACGCAAUGUCAGUGGUGAUUCUUCAUUCACUUCCGAAACGCAUUCCAGCCAUGGGGAUCCUCACGGCGCACUUGACGGAAGUCUUCAGCGCGCUGCCCCGCAGCCGGCGACCAAGACUACAGAAUGGCCAAUAGCCACCUCAAGAAACUCAGUCGACCAAGCUUUGACUUCGGAUAACAAUGAUGAUAUGCGUGCGACCUAUAACGGGACCGCAGGAACCCCCAAGGUUCGAGUUGGGAAUACCACGCACACUGAUUUUAGUGAUGCUGCGGAGGUCGAAGACACGAUCACUUUGCCUCCUCUGUCAAGAACAUCAAAUGUUUCUCGUCACAGCCCUGUCAAGAAUGAGCCCUCUUCAGAUGCACCGGUUAUUGUGUCUGAGCGCCCUGUUCGCAAGAGAAAACACAACGAUAAACCAGUCGCACAAGGUCCGCCUGUAACAAAAAUCAAGACGGAACACAGCUCUGAUCCAGUAGUCACAGACGAGCAGUAUCACUUCGCGCCACAAGAAAGCGUCGACUUCGACGAUGCUGAGGACCGAGUGUCUACUCCUCGGAAAACCCGCAUGAAGCAUCCCAAAUCCGGCACGGAAGAGCAACUCAACAGGACGCAUGCCUGUCGAUUUAAUGGCGGCCAUGCACGAUCUAUACUGGAAAAUGCGGAUCUACCUUCUCCACUUUCUGCUUUGCCUUCAGGUCUUAACAGCCCUCUGAGAAGGAGCCGGGCGAAUCAAGUGGUGACUAAAGACAUUCAAAAGUCCGAUACCAAAUAUCCAGGUCCACCACAUGUUGAGCAAAGGAAAAUGAACCCAGACAACAGUGAUGAAUUUUCUCGAUCCACUGUUUUACAGCCCUUAGAUGCCAAUACGCCUCUAGCGAGAAGCUUACUAAGGAAGCCAAAAUUCAAAACCGCCGUUGCUUCCUCUAUUCGUCAAGGCAUAGAAAGCCUUGCGGAAGACGGAGAGCGUCUCGGCUGCUCGAAACCCGCCACGCCCCUGACGAAAGGGACUGGUCGUCUCGAAACUCUUCUCAAUGUUGCUUCACCGGGACGGCAGUCUCUGCCUACGGGUGGACGAGACGAAGACACCAGCGCCACCCAGCCGUUCCACUUCGCCUUGCCCCAGAGACGUGAUUUACCGCUUGGGAAAGAAUCGCGCAACAAAGUGAGCGAGGCUCUCGAAGUAUCUGAAGAUUUUAGAACAUCCGAACCUAAGCGAACAUCCACUGAGAUUCAGCCGAAGGCGAAAGCCCCAGAGGCCCAGAAGAAGAAACCAGCCCAGGAGUCAACUCCCCUACGCGAACGGGCAGUGAAGGACCUCAAACUUACAGACUUCAAAGUUAACCCCAACCGUAACAACGGGUAUGACUUUGCUUUUACGGAUGUGGUGCGCAGCAAGGGUGAUCGUAUACACAUGCUAGGUUGUGUCAAGGAGACAUGCUGCGGGCCGAGUUUUCGAAAGCUUGCUGAAGCUCAACUGCCCGACACUGGAAUCCUGGAAUACACCUCACUUUUGGAGGACUGGCUUGGUGAUGACGCCCGAAGGCUGUCCACAAUGUCCAAAAAGGAGAAAGACGAGCUGUGGCUCAAAGCUAAGACGCAAGACCUUUCCAACAGGUAUGGGAAGCACCGGGAUAGGUAUCAUCCCCAGCCUUCCCCCCCCGGUUUUUGGGACACGGAUUUUCCAAGCACGCAGGAAUUGGCAGAAAGUCGAGAGAAGACGGAAGAGAUGGAGCAACGGAUUGUUAAGGAGAGACGCCGAGAGGCGAUGAGGCCGGCUGGGCUCUGGGUUUUCAGAGAUGAAUAA